GCUUGAACGUUCCGACAGUUGUUUAAUAUUUUGCUCCUCGUAACUUGGUUUCUUCGUAAAAUAAAUCCUAUCGUUUUCAGUAUCAUUAUUUAAAUUGAACCCAGUGAACAAUUUCUUUCGUAUGUCAUCUGUUCCUUUGAUGAUUCAAGAAAUUAAUGCGAUAUGUACACAAAACUGUGAAAGUUCGGCUUAUGUUAUUAAUUGUUCAAACUAAUUUGAGCAAAAGCUUUAUAACAUCAUCUUGUGUGAGUUUUGAAAGACAGUGUGGUCGAGAGAAAUUAAAUGUCAUAUAUGAAGUGCUGAUUAUAGAUCCGAACAGUGAAUUUAAGUUCAUAUGAACCAUACUGUACAAAACAGAAACUCUUGAAUCUCAUUUCAACGUAUUUCUAAAAAAAUUAACAACAGUGUGUGUGGAGAUGAAAAAAUCAACUGGGUCGUCAGGACUGUGAAGCCCAAAAUUAUCGUCCAACUUAGAGAUGAGUAACCUGUCUGGAUGGAAGUGAGGCACUCCUUUCUUCUCCGAAGCUGGAGUGCGUCAUGGCUUGUCGAGACUCAGCUUACUGUCAGGUGUCUCACGGUUCCCACCUAUGGAAUUUCUAAUAGUUCCCCUUCUGUUCUUUAAUGAUAAGUUCUUAUCAUAAUUUCAAUAUAUAUUUCCUUAAUCUUCUCUUUUAUUAAAUCUUGGUACAACGUUAUAAUUCAUGAGUUGUAAACAGUUUCUCUCUCUGUGAGAUACAUUCAUGUACAUAUUUACGGCAAAAUGAAAGCUAGUAGUCGCGUAAUGGGUUCGAUGUGUUUCAUUUCCGCAACAGGUUACUUACUGUAAAUCUGACAGUUUAGAAGACCAGACAACGAUAUUCAAGUACAGAGAAAGACACCUUAUAUAUACAAAACAAUCUGUUGCAAAAAAAGAUUUUGAAAUUUGCUUGAUUUAAACUGUAACAUAAAGUGCAUUUCGAGUUACAGACGUAAUUCAAGAAAACACACGAUUGCAACAUCCAAGAAUUUAAUUACCUUUUCUUCCUUUUCCAAAUUCUAAAAUAUCUCCCUAAUGCACAGAGUCAGAUGAUAAAACGACUAUGAUUUUCAUCUUAAAAUAUCCUAAUGGGUAGGGCAAGACGGCUCUACGUUUAAGCUAGUUUAAACCUAAACCACGAAAUCCAACUUAAAUAUAACCUUUACUAGCUUAAUAGUAAGCCAAAAUAAUAUCUACCUUGCCUAACCAUGUCAUCGAUUACCCCUAAAACUAAUAACAAUUCAUUAAUCCAGGUAAAACACCCACCCUUCUCCAAACAAUCAGUUGUCCUGGUACUGUUGUUGCCAGCACUCAUGUUCCUCUCCAUCCAUGCCACCGUGAGAGAGCUGCAGACACAGUCAGAGUCGCCGCCCCAACAAUGGAACAUGUACAUUGCGAUAGCUUUCAGUGAAACGCACGCUCAAACAUUUUCCCGCGCUUUCAAUAAAACCAUGAACAACGUCACAAGGAUGUUCAUGGACAAUUACCGCCAGCACAAUAUCACGGUAUCACCACUCAUAAUUACUCUCCCGGAAAACCAACAGUUCUCUGCCGCCAUUUUAGAAGAGGCAUGUGCAUUGCUGGAAGGAAAACAUUUGGUCGCUGCAUUAAUAAUUGGUGGAAGUCCCGCUGGGUUUGCUGUGGCGCUGGCUGCUGGAACCGCUGGGAUUCCCGUACUCUGGGCCAGAGGUGGGACGGGGGACCUCGUUGGAUAUUUCCAGUUGGAGCUCAGCCCCCUCGAGGUCCGUUUGGAACCAUCAGCAGGUGAGAUGCUGGAGGCCAUGCGGGCCCUGUUACUGGCGACCCACUGGCACUCCUUCACGGUACUGGCCGAAAGCUCGGCUUCUUCCGCUGUCCUGCUGCGUCGCGACCUGGCCUCGAUACUGAACACCCCACCGCUCAACCCCACUCUACUGCUCCUGCGAUCUGGCGGUGCAGCGCGUCGCUCUAUUUUCAGGCGGCUAGCAGACAUCUCGCGAUCUACAAGAGGUGUAAUUCUGCUCAUAUGUAACUUGGAGACAGCCAAGCAGAUCACAACGGAAGCAGAACGUCUCAAUAUGAUGAGUGGCCACUUCGUUUGGCUGUGGAUCGACACAGGUGCCUCAGCAAUGCUUGCAGCUCAAAGAAACGCCCCGUUCCCUGCCGAUGACAGUACCAGAAACGACGCAAACAACAACAACGCGACUAUCGACUAUCCUACAGCCUUUGAACAACCCAUAACACAAAUUCCCAUAAGAAGCAGAUCUCGGUCCUCCUCCAGCAAAAGACGUGAGAGAGAAUCAGGUGAUAAUGGGACCCAGUGGGGCCCUUCAUCAGAUAACAAUAGUAACUUUGUUGAGUUAACAUAUGCCGCCUCAGGUCCCGAAAAAGCACAGACAGAUAUCAGAAAGACAAGGAACUCAGUGAAGGAAAUAUCAGGUUCAGUACAAGACAUGUCAACCUCUAGCUUGUUUUCAUCAAAAACAAAAAGUGAAAGUAGUCAAAUGAAAUCACGUCAUACUCCUAGUGGUAUACUAAGAACUUCUAGUCAGAGAGAGAAGGUAAUCAGUGAGCAUGAUAUGAAAAAUAUCAAAGAUACAUUCGCAAAUGCAGCUUCUAGAGGGAUGGGGUUUAAAAAUUUGGAGCUAAUUUCAGAGUCGGAUGAUUCGGGUUCACGUUAUGUACAAAACUCCUUGAAGGCUAGUGUCGGUGUGCAUCUUCUGGGACAGGAUAGGAUAGGUGACUUGGUAAAUUUCAGGGAUACUAAACUAAAAAGUGAGUCUGUUCAGAAUGUCAGGAGCGCUAGUGAUAUGUGGGUUUAUCAAGAAAAGAAAAAUAGUGAAAGUGAACGUUUCAAAGUUAAUUUUCCGGGUUUUAAUGAUGACGGUGGAGAUGAGGAUGUUGCGGACGCUCUUCCGGUGGGAUUAUUGGCAAUGAGGACAAAACCUAUGCGACUGGACCGCCAUCUGGUGAAGGGCGCAGUACGUUUGAUAGCAGACACUUUAUUAGAAGUCCUCUCUAAGUGCAUAGACUGGUUGCCUGUCCCACCUUCUUCUAACAACAGCUGCUGGACAACUCCUUCCGGUGCCUUCCAGAACUUCUCCAACAUAUUUGCAAGCGAGCUCCGGACCGCCGUAAGAGACGCGCUGGCGGGAAGGAGAGUGUCUGAAGUCGGUGACAAAGUGGACAGGUCCCUCGUAGCAUCAUUCGACAUUCUAAACCUGGUGCCAGAGAAGAGCGCCACUGAUUACGAUGGUACCCUGGGUGUUAAUGAACCUGAGGGCGACAAUGCCGCAGUCUCGUGGAAGUCAGUGGGCGAGGUGACAGGGAGGGCGGUGCGCCUGGAUACGAUCGUGUGGCCUGGCGGUGAAUUGGUGGUGGCGGGUCUAUCUGCCCGGGCGAGGAGCGUCUUCCGCAUUGUCACUGCCCUGGCACCCCCAUUCGUCAUGGAGGGUGAGCUUGACGAGGACGGCCAGUGUCUGCGCGGCCUGCCCUGCCACCGGGUGCUCACCUCUGACAAGGACAACCUCACACUCGUCUUCAACGAGAUGGAGACCCAAGAGAGGCUGGAGGAAGAGGAUGAAGAAUUACCUUUGACGGAUGAGGAGUCGAUGCUGAAUAUUUUAACUGUGAAGAAGGAGCCGAAGACCGUCUCACACGAUACAGAAUUCCAACAUCACAGUCAGAACUCCGAGGAUGUGAGACGUCGACCUUUGGCUUCAUCUUCCUCGGCAUUCGAACUGCCAAAUAGUCAGCAGCGAUACAAAUACCGGACCAGUUGUUGUUAUGGAUUAGCUAUGGAUUUAUUAGAAAACAUUGCUCAAGAACUGGAAUUCGAUUUUCACCUGUACAUCGUAGCAGAUGGACUGUUUGGGACUAGAACGCGUGAUGUCCAACCACAAGUUCAGUCAAGAUCCAAGAACACAGUAGCGGAACCGGAUGACACCAAGUGGAACGGUAUUGUUGGUGACUUAGUGUCUGGUGCAGCUCACAUGUCAUUCGCAGCAUUGAGCGUAUCAAGUGCUAGGUCAGAGGUUAUAGACUUCUCAGCUCCAUAUUUCUACAGUGGAGUAAGUUUUCUUGCUGCUCCAACCCAAAAGAGUGAAAUACCCUUACUAGCGUUUCUCUUACCAUUUAGCCCAGAACUAUGGAUCGCCAUCUUCACAUCACUGAACAUAACUGCCAUGGCUGUAGCUGUGUAUGAAUGGCUGAGUCCUUUCGGGUUGAACCCCUGGGGUAGACAAAGGAGCAAGAACUUCAGCAUUGCAUCCGCACUGUGGGUUAUGUGGGGACUGCUGUGUGGUCACUUGGUAGCAUUCAAGGCUCCCAAGUCUUGGCCAAACAAAUUUCUUAUCAACGUAUGGGGAGGCUUCUCUGUUAUCUUUGUAGCGAGUUACACAGCCAACAUAGCAGCCCUCAUAGCUGGACUCUUCUUCCACAAUGACGUCAGCAAUUACCACGACCGAAGCUUGCUGAGUCAGCGAGUUGGUGCACCAAGGGCAUCAGCAGCAGAUUAUUAUAUCCAUCGAGCCAAUCAGCAUCUGUGGGAGCACAUGCAGAAGUAUUCAGUAGUAGAUGUUGAAGAUGGAAUCCGCCAUCUCAAGAAUGGGUCACUAGAUAUUUUAAUUGCUGACACUCCAAUCCUGGAUUUUUAUCGAGCCACAGAUCAUGGCUGUAAACUGCAGAAGAUUGGUGAUGCCAUCAAUGAAGAUACAUAUGCUGUAGGCAUGACAAAAGGUUUCCCACUCAAGGACAGUAUAUCUGCAGUGAUAGCUAAAUACUCCAGAAACGGUUAUAUAGACAUUCUUCAGGAGAAGUGGUAUGGUGGCCUCCCUUGCUUCAAACUUGCUACAGACAUGGCUCAGCCUCGACCUCUAGGAGUAGCAGCUGUCACAGGGGUAUUUAUACUUCUGGGUUUAGGAAUGGUACUAGGUUGCCUCAUUCUUAUCUUUGAACAUUUAUUCUAUCGCUACACUCUUCCCAUUCUUCGGCACCAGCCCAAAGGAACUAUCUGGAGAAGCAGAAAUAUCAUGUUCUUUAGUCAGAAACUGUACCGAUUCAUCAACUGUGUUGAGCUCGUAUCACCACACCAUGCAGCACGGGAAUUGGUUCACACAAUUAGGCAGGGCCAGAUAACAAGCCUUUUCCAAAAAAGUGUCAAGAGGAAGGAACAUGAACAACGUCGCAGAAGAAAAAGCAAAGCUCAGUUCUUUGAAAUGAUCCAGGAAAUUCGCAGAGUUCAACAAGAGGAACGUGAUCAGUCAGUUCUCCAGGAGGAAGUUCCAGAGACAGAAGCAGAGACUCCUAGCAACCUCAUCAAAACAGAAUACAGGUCCAAUAAGAAUCCCCAAAGUACUUUGAGUCCCCCAUCCAAGUCUUCUCCUAGAAAAUUUGGGAAAACAAAGAGUCCUCAUGCAUUAGAGGCUCGAAAAUUCUACAGAGACAUAUUCAGUCCUGGUGGCAGCAGGAAUACCAAGUUCAAAAGCCCAAAUGCCCACAGGAGGUUCAGCACAGACAUGAUCUUUAGUCCAUUAAGAUCAAGGUUAGAAUGUCCUUCUAAUGCUGUUGGAAGACGUCUUAGUAAGGAUUCUGGUGGGUGCAAUAGUCCCCCUGAUAUAAACUCAAGAUUGUGCAGCAAUUUGGAUGUGAGUGCAAGACAGGAUAAGUUAAGCAGUUUAGACGUACGGUUCCAGCAAGGGAGAUCACAUCUUGAUGUAAGGUUGCCAGACACACGUUCAAGUGGUUCAAGUUUAAAUAUAAUUCCAAGAUUGGGGAGUUGCAGUAAUACAAAUGUAAGUUCCUCAAAACAUGAGAUAGGUGGACGACGACCAGAGGUAAGUUCAGUACAAGAAAGGCUCAAUACAAUUGGUUCUCGUUUAGGAAGCUUAAGUAGUACUGAUGUUAGCUCUAGACCUGAAAAGUUAUCAAGAUCUCGCUCAAGAAGUCCAAUACCAUCAAUAAUGAAUAAGAGUUUUCCUAGUUCCUCAAAUGGGACUUCUAACAUGUCUACAAUUCCAAAGUAUAGAGACAGAGUGCGUUCUGAUACAUGUGCUAGAGAAGCAAUGCAGAGUAGGCCUAGGUUAAGAACUCCUAGCCCAACUGAAAUUCAAGUUGAUGUUAUUCAGCAUAGGGAUCUCAAUUCUACUUCUGGACGAAGCCACAGCCUGGACAAUAACAGAGGCCUCUCACAAGAAGAUGAAAUUAAACCUGCACCUGAACCUGAUGGAACUAUUGUGCAUCACCAGAAAUUAAAAAGAUCAGACUUUACAUUGCCGUAUGAAUCAAUAAUUGAAGUUAAUGUUACAUGCUGUGAUUCCACACCUGAGAAGACAAACGAUUACUCUGAAACAUAUAACACACCAUCAAGAAUCCAUGAUUCAGCUUCACAAGAGCACAUAAAUGUUGUAGGAUCUUCCCCCAGUCCCUACAGUUCAUUAAAGAGACAACAAUUCAGGCGACGACAGAGUCAUCAACCACGUCUGGAAACUGCCUACAAUUCUCAGCACCAAGUGUUAUCACCAUCAUCCUCUUCUCAGUCUUCAACCAAAGAAUUUCUUGUGCCAGUUCAAAGACAUGAGAACUCUUCAUCAUCAUCAUCUUCUAGAAGUCCAGCAAGAAGAAGACAUCAAAGUCAUCCAGUAAGGACAGAUUUACCUUCUCAAGAUAAAUCAUCUUUAGCAACUUCAUCUUCAAUUCCAGAUGUAUCUUCAGCAGUUAGUCCUAAUCGUCAGAAGCACCACCGCCAUCAUCGUCACCAUAGAGAAUCAUCACAUGAAUGUGAUGAAGUGUUUGAUGACAUCCCUCCACCACCUCCUCCACCAUUCUGUCACCCACGUAGUGGGAGUAAUGGUGAGUCUCCUCUAGAUCGUUUAAAUAAAGAAGAAUUAGUAGCUUUAUGGCGUAGCUCUGAAUCCGAACUAAGAAGUCAUUUGUUAAGGGCAAUACGUGCAAAAGAAGUUACUGAUCCUCCCUGAAAUAAUGAAAUAAUUUUUAAUGCUAAAUUGUCUUGGUUGGUUGAAGGAAACUGAAGGUUGAUUUCUCCCUUUACAUGCCAGCACUCCUGGUAGGGAAGUGAUAUUCCCAAACAGGAACUGUGUACAGAAAGUAACCUGUCCAUGGAUAAUUGCGGAUGGACAGCAAUAAAUAGUAUACUUCCAUGUAGGGAAGCGUUUUGUAAAAUGAAUCUGUGUUUUGUACCAGAGCCUGUGAAAUCAUGAGAAGUGAGAGCUCCAGUAAACCUUCUUUUUACUUUUUCUGCUGCAUUUGGUGCUAUUUCUUUAAAGUAGAUUAUCAGAAUUUAAAGUAUUCAUAUAAAUGCAAAAAUAUACAUAUAAUACAAAAGAAUAAAAAGAUUUUUCAGAUUCCCCUUUUGAAUUUCAUGCGAUAAACUUGGAACAUUUAACCCUUCAUCUCAUGUUUUCAUGGGUUCAUAUCAUAGGCAUUAUAGAGAUUAACUAGUAAUUUCCAACACACUUCUACAAUACUUCAGCAUAUAUCAUUUUAAUAUAUUGAACAUUUCCUUGUUUGCCAGAAAAGUAGAGUGAGAUUAAAUUGUAAAAGUUAAAGAAUAGGAAAUUUAUAAAGGUUUUAGUAAUCAAAUUAUCACUUAGCUUAGUGAAUUACAAAAUAUGUACAGAAGUAGAAGAGUUAUGGUAAACUGAUCCAUAACUGGGCAGUUAAUUUUAGUGCAUGAUGUUGAACACAGGAUAUAUACAUUGUAUAUCCAUUUGUAACACAUAUUCAACACCAGUAAAGAAAUGGGAUGUAAGACUGCCAUAAUAAUUUCUAACAGAUGUAAUUUCAUUUUAGAUAAAAUAUGAUAUAUGUGUAUAAAUGGUAGUGACUUCUUCAAAAAUAAUAAAAGAAAAAGGGUAUGGUUCUUGGACACCAAAAAUGAUCUUGGCAAUUUACUGGGUCUUCCACUUAUGUUGUACUUGCAACAGUUGUGAGUGCUGUAAAUAUGUUUUAUAAAAUAGGUGGAUAUUUUUAUCAGUUGUGUGAGAUAACGUGACCUUCACAUGUGUUUCCUCUCUAGACCAAUUACAUAUACUUGGAAAAAUAGAAGAUAACCAUUAUCUACACAAUACAAUAAUUCUUUUUUAAAUAUUACACAAUUAAUAACAAAAUUAUCUAGCAAUAAUUCCUUCAUUUAUUCAUUCUGUAUAUGGUAAUAACAGAUUUCCUAAUGUCAGAAUUGAGCAUUAAUUUGGAUUUAAAUUAUUGUGCAUAAUAAUAGGUAAUCUUUAAAUAAAUUACUAAAGGAAUAUACUUACAGUCUUUCAAUAAACUGUCUAGAAGUCAAACUGCAGAUUUAAAUAUUUUGUUUACUGCUUACAUUUUCUUAUCCAUUUAUGUUUUCUGCAGCUUUACAGCUAUCUUAACAUGCUGUAACAGUUGUAAUUGUUUUUUAAACUGAAAGUUUUGUUACAUAAGGCACACUAACAGUAGCUUCCAUCUUUUAAAAUGUAUAUACAUUUUUCAGACAUAUAAUGUGCGCAAAAUAGUAUGAGUAAGGAGAAUAUACAGAAACCAUAAAAGCCAGCAAUAUUGAAAUUAUUUGAGUUCUUUAUAAUGAAGGACAUUCUCCCCAUUUUCACCAUUUUAAUAGGUUUUGCGCAAGACACAAAUUUUGUUUAAAAUUCUUCUCUUGUUUUUUAACUUAACAAAUCAUAAAACUGGAAGAAGGAUUUAGUAAGCUGUCCCUUUAUCAUUUUGUUAGGUAUAUCAAUUGCUUAACUUGUUAGAAAAGCUUAAAUGUUAAAUAUUCCUGCUACUUACCAAUUUGGAAGCAUAGAAGGAAGUUAGUCAACAUAAUUAUUCUCAUUAUACAUUCAAAAUUGUAACAGAAAAUUAAACUUAACCUUCAAUUGCUUACACCAACCAGCAUCAUGUUACCAGUCACGUGUGAUUUGUCUGUACUGAAACUCAUAAAAGAUUAGGCUAAAUAUAUUACAUACAUUUAUUAUUAAAAAAUAAUUAUUACUUAUAUUUUCCAGCUCUUACAACUACUGUUCCAUUAACAUCUCUUCUUAGGAAUUGCAAUACACUUUUACAAACUAGAAGGAACUUUUCCAUAGUGUUUUUAUGUGACAGCAAAAUUAAAUGUAAGUUCAAAACCAAAUUUAAUUCAAUCUCAUAUUGAUAAUAGAAAGAAACAUGAAACUAGAGGAAUGUACAGUAAUCUGACUUUACUUAUCACUUUCACAAUUUCCUUCAGCAUAGUAUACCAUUAGAAAAAAUUAUGCAACUAGGAACACGGGAUACAGGUCAGUCCAAAUCAUUUCACCACUGACAGCAGAUAUGUUAAAAUGUCAACUAAAUUCCUCUCUUCCACUGAAUUAACUUGAAAAUACAUGGAUAUAGAAAUGCAGUGUUAUCUUUAAACACAAAUGUUUCCAAAGGCAACAGGGAAUUUGUUGUUUGUACCUCAUAUGUCCAGUUAAGUGUCAAGGAAAUUUAUUCUGGAAUAAUAGGGCAGCCUAUAUGACAUUAAUCCCAUCCAGUAAUUGAUCAUGUAAGGAAUAUAUUUUUGAAAAAGUAUGUGCUUUGGGACACUUUACUUCAGCUCUGUUAGUUCUGUGCAAGAAUUAUAGGAUAGCUUUUUAUCCUUAUAUCCAAUAUUCAGCAUUUAAGAUUGGAUUCUUUAUAUGCUUUAUUUAUGAUUAUUUUGGUUACUGUCUUUCACAUUUUCUCCUUUGUUAUUGCUUUUGAUUUCGGUCUUCAUUAGUGUCUUUGGGGGUACCAUUUGAAUCAAAAUAUGAGUAAUGUCAGGAGACUUGCUUAUAUGUAGAUUUCAAACAUACCAGUUAAUUAAAACAUAUUAAAACUUGCAUGAAAUUUAAUGUUAUAGGGAUAUCAAAUCCUGAAUAAACUUUUAAAUUGGCAACAAAGUUCAAACACUGUUUUCACACAUACACAGAUAUUUGUGGAUAUGAAGUAGAGUCUCGUUUUACAACAAAAAUAUUUGCAAAUCAUAUUUGAAAAUUGAGAGAUUUUUCGUUUUAUUCUUGCAUCUUAUUCAUCUUACAACUAUUAUUAGGAGCUGGAGCAACUACUCAUAAAAAUUAUAUUCACUUCAGCACUCUAUGUAUCUAGCUUAGUAGGUACACAAAUUUCUGAUCUAUUUGUAAAAUCUUCUGAGUUUAUGUAUUUAUCUAUUCUUUCUCUAAACUUUAUAGUCCCAAAAUUUAAUAAAAAAAAUUAAUCAGUUGGAUUAUAGAGCAUAAUCAUAUGGAAAAUUAACUAAAAUAUUAGUUCCCUCUAAUUCCACGCUACUUUGUUCAAGAACUUUCAAGUUAUUAUGUAUAUUAAUGGAUAAAUUCAAUGCCAUUCUUGCAGAAGUAAAGCAGAUCUUCAGCCUUUAAUAUAUACAUGUACAUUACUUACUCUUUCACAUUAUGGUUCAUUUUUAUAUGUUGAAAGGAGAAAUGUCUGCUCCAUAUUAAGCUCAAAUAAAUGGCUCUCUGGUGUUCCAUCUCCAGUAUUUUAAGCUGAUGCUUAUGCUAAAAAUCAUUUUUGGAUAUAAUAUAAUAUUUGGCGCUACAAUUAUACAUUAAAUAAAAGAGACCUCAAACUGUUGGCAUCCUUUAUAUAUGUAAUGGGAAAGGUCAUAGAAAGGAAUCAUAAGAUAUUUAAAUCCCUCAUGUGAUGCAUAAGUCUUGUGUCAUUUGUGCAUGGUUCAUGAUUUUACUGGUCCCACCUAAUUAUGAAGUUGUUAAAACUAUAUGCCACAGUGCCAUAAAUAACUGUGAUUGUUGAUCUAUAGGUGUAUGAAAACAUCAUAAAAUUCAUACUACAUUUCAUACAAAUUCUCAAUGAAUUACCAUUUUCCAGAAUUUUGAACCUUGUCUUGUACUUCCUGAAAUAAUUCUUCAUACUAUCUGCUUACAUAUUAUCCACAUUGCAUUUAUAUAAUUAUGUAUGAAUAAUUUAGUGUGAAGGCUUACAUUUUCUGUGUUAAACACUUAAGUAAUGACAACACAGUCUUAGUUUCUAACCUUUCAGUGAAUUCUUAAAUUGUUAUGAGUCAUGAGAUUUAAAAAUGAAAAGCUCCAGCUUUUAUUACCAGAGUUUAAAUUCAAAUAGAGGUGCCAAGACUUUCUUCUUUGUCACCACUACUCUUUCUUUCUCUUCUUGAAUCUGCAGGAACUUAUGGUUAAAUAACCCAAGCCGUCAUUUCUAGUUCCAUCUUCCAGAUUUUUAUUUUAUGUUAAUCCUUUCCAUAUUUAAUAACAAUACAGUGCUGAAAUGCUGCCAACCUUAAUCAUAAUGAACUAGGAUUACAGAUGCCAACCUAUGGUUAAGAUGUCACAAGCAUGUCCAGAGUAUUGCAGUUUUGUGGCCCUCUCAUUUUCUUAUCCCUUCAGUAUCAGGGGAACUUUUUGCUGUGAGCAAAAUAACCACAGCAUCAAAUUGACUGACCACUUAUCUCCACCUAUCAGUGUACAAGAAAGAGGGCUGCAAGUUCUGUCUGUCAGUGAUAUGAGUACUGCUAGCUUCAGUGAUCUUGUUAAAUGGGACAACUGGAAAAGUGAUCCAGAUUGUGAAAGGAUGGUAAUAAUUGAAGUUCAUAUGGAGGAAAAGAGUAUAAAUAAAGUUAUAGGAGGUAGGUGAUUCCUGUAGGGUAAGGGACUCUCCUGCAUGUGUCUGGAAGACAAACUGUAAAACCUCUAUUUAGGUUAACUGAAAAUGAAGUACUGUAGCACAAUAUAAGGCACUGGUAUUUUUGGGAUUACAAUUAACUUACAGAUUUCAUAACGCAGGUUUUCUCUUGACAUGUUUAUAGUUACUCAAGUGCUCAUGAAAUUCCUGAGAACUCAAUAUUGUAAAUAUAUUUUAAUAUAGCCCUCUCAUCUAUGAACAAGUCUUCACAAGGUCUAACCACUUGAGUUUUCCAAGCCAACAUUUUUUAAGCAUUCAUAAUUUUGCCAUCUGUGCUGCCUGACCCAGCCUCUAAAAUGUAUUCAGCCAAAGAAUAUUAGGUUAAGAGCCAGAUUAUGAAUCCCUUCAUAAAAUAAUUUUCACCCACCAUCAUAGUGGAGUGGUUACCACCCCUGCUUCAAGUUCAAGAGGUCCUGGUUUCAAAUCUCAGACUGGAAAGUAGUUAUCAUAACUGAGGUUUUUCAAUUUUUCCUGUCACUCCAGGUAAUUCUUAAGAUAGUAACUCAAGUUCAGCCAUGACCACUUCUUCUUUCCACAUAUAUCCCUUUCAUUAUUCACUAAUUAUCCUCUCAUUUGACACUGUAUAGUCUGAACUACUGACAGUGUCCUUAAAUAAUCAGUAACUACGUGGUAGCGUAGUUGGUUGAGGGGCUAUGCUACAAGCCGGA